UUGGAAAGAAGUAAGGCUUAGACUUCUCCAUGUUAACCAUGAGUGUGACACUUUCCCCCCUGAGGUCACAGGACCUGGAUCCCAUGGCUACUGACGCUUCACCCAUGGCCAUCAACUUGACACCCACCGUGGAGCAGGGUGAGGGAGAAGAGGCGGUGAAGGAUAUGGAUUCUGACCAGCAGUAUGAAAAGCCACCCCCUUUGCAUACAGGGGCCGACUGGAAGAUUGUCCUUCACUUACCUGAAAUUGAGACCUGGCUCCGGAUGACCUCUGAGAGAGUCCGGGACCUAACCCACUCAGUCCAGCAGGAUUCAGACAGCAAGCAUGUGGAUGUGCAUCUGGUUCAACUAAAGGACAUUUGCGAAGAUAUUUCUGAUCAUGUUGAGCAAAUCCAUGCCCUCCUUGAGACUGAGUUCUCCCUGAAGCUGCUGUCCUACUCUGUCAAUGUGAUUGUGGACAUCCACGCGGUGCAGCUCCUCUGGCACCAGCUCCGGGUCUCGGUGCUGGUUCUGCGGGAGCGCAUCCUGCAAGGCCUGCAGGACGCCAAUGGCAACUACACCAGGCAGACGGACAUUCUGCAAGCUUUCUCCGAGGAGACAGCUGAGGGCCGGCUCGAUUCUCUAACGGAAGUGGAUGACUCAGGACAGCUAACUAUCAAAUGCUCUCAAAAUUACUUGUCUCUGGAUUGUGGAAUUACUGCAUUUGAACUGUCUGACUAUAGUCCAAGUGAGGAUUUGCUCGGCGGCCUGGGUGACAUGAGCCAGGUCAAAAGCAAACCCUUUGACUCUUGGAGCUACGGUGAGAUGGAGAAGGAGUUCCCUGAGCUUAUCCGAAGUGUGGGGUUGCUGACGGUGGCCACUGACCCCAUCGCUUCCAACUGCAGCGAAGCAGUGAGUGAGGGGGCAGCUCAAGGUUCUCUCUCGGCAGAUGAUAAAGGUGGUUGUGAAGAAAACAAGGCUCCCGCAGUCGAGGAGCCACCAGGCUCAAAGCAGGGCAUGUCAUCUCCAGUGGAAGCCCUGACAAAUACUGGCCAGUCCUUUUCUAAGACCUCGAAGCAAGAAUCCAAUUCUCCCUCCCAACCUGGAGCAAAGAACCAACAGCCUCUUCCCUGUGAGAACACAACCCCCAAGCGAUCCAUCAGGGACUGCUUUAAUUAUAACGAGGACUCCCCCACACAGCCCACGCUGCCAAAAAGAGGGCUUUUCCUUAAAGAGGACGCUUUUAAGAAUAACCUGAGAGGUGCUGACGGAAAGAGGCAGAUGGUUGAUCUCAAGCCCGAGAUGAGCAGAAGCACCCCUUCCCUGGUGGAUCCUCCUGACAGAUCCAAGCUCUGCCUGGUGUUGCAGGCUUCCUACCCCAGCAGCCCUUCAGCCGCCAGCCAGUCCUACGAGUGUCUGCACAAGAUGGGAGGCGGGAAUCUUGAAAACACAGUCAAAAGUCACAUGAAAGAAAUCUCCUCCAGCCUGGGAAGGCUCAACAACUGCCACAAAGAGAAACCUCGACUUAAAAAGCCACAUAAGAGCCCAGAAGAGGUGCCUCCGUGCCAAACCCCUAAAGCGGGAACUGGUUCCGGCAAGCAAACCGAAAUCACCAGGAGCUCCAGAGUGCCGAACGGAAUUCCCUCUUGUACUUCCAAGGCCGUGGAGGGGCCAGAAACCGAUUCUGCUUCUACAUCCUCUCUUGAGCCGUAUCCUCAGAGCAGUUGGAAUGCCAAAUUACCAGCGCAGUCAGAAACAUCCAGUUCCCCACCAUUUACUCAAAGCAGCGGAUCUCCUGUUGGCUCGGACAGUGUCAUGUCUCCGGUACCCCUUCUUUCAAAACACAAAAGCAAAAAAAGUUACUCCUCCUCCCCAAGUCACGUCUCAAGGAAUGGUCAGGUUGUGGAGGCCUGGUAUGGCUCCGAUGAGUACCUGGCACUGCCCUCUCACCUUAAGCAGACAGAAGUAUUAGCUUUGAAGUUGGAAAACUUAACAAAGCUUCUGCCUCCAAAACCCAGAGGAGAAACCAUUCAGAAUAUCGAUGACUGGGAACUGUCUGAAAUGAAUUCAGAUUCUGAGAUCUAUCCAACGUACCAUGUUAAGAAGAAGCGUACAAGGCUAGGCAGGGUGUCUCCCAGUUCAUCCAGUGACAUAGCCUCUUCGCUGGGGGAGAGCAUUGAGUCUGGGCCCCUGAGUGACAUUCUUUCUGACGAGGAGCUGUGUAUGCCUCUCUCUGGCAUGAAAAAAUACAUGGAUGAGAAUUCAGAGAGAGCUUUACCUUCUGAGAAAAAUGAGAGCCAUGCUGCCAAAAAAUCUGCUUUAAUUCAGAAACUUAUGCAAGAUAUUCAACACCAAGACAAUUAUGAAGCCAUAUGGGAAAAAAUAGAGGGGUUUGUAGACAAGCUGGAUGAAUUCAUUCAGUGGUUAAACGAAGCCAUGGAAACCACUGAGAACUGGACACCCCCUAAAGCAGAGACGGAUGGCCUUAAACUGUACCUGGAGACACACCUGAGCUUUAAGCUGAAUGUAGACAGUCAUUGUGCUCUCAAGGAAGCUGUGGAGGAGGAAGGACACCAGCUUCUUGAGCUCAUUGCAUCUCACAAAGCAGAAGGACUAAAGGACAUGCUGCGGAUGAUUGCGAGUCAGUGGAAGGAGCUGCAGAGGCAAAUCAAACGGCAGCACAGCUGGAUUCUCAGGGCUCUGGAUACCAUCAAAGCCGAGAUUCUGGCCACUGAUGUGUCUGUGGAGGGUGUGGAAGGGACUGGAAGCCCCAAGGCCGAGGUUCAGCUAUGCUACCUGGAAGCACAAAGAGAUGCCGUCGAGCAGAUGUCCCUCAAGCUGUACAGCGAGCAGUACACCAGCAGCAGCAAGAGGAAGGAAGAGUUUGCUGAUAUGUCAAAAGUUCAUGCGGUGGGAGGCACAGGGCUUCUGGACUUUGAUUCAGAAUAUCAGGAGCUCUGGGAUUGGCUGAUUGACAUGGAGUCCCUCGUGAUGGACAGCCACGACCUGAUGAUGUCAGAGGAGCAGCAGCAGCACCUUUACAAGCGAUACAGCGUGGAAAUGUCCAUCCGGGGCCUGAAAAAGACAGAGCUGCUGAGUAAGGUGGAAGCUUUGAAGAAAGGUGGCGUUUUACUACCAAAUGAUCUCCUUGAAAAAGUGGAUUCAAUUAAUGAAAAAUGGGAACUGCUUGGGAAAACCCUGGGAGAGAAGAUCCAGGACACAAUGGCAGGGCCCCGAGGGUCGGGGCCACGUGACCUGCUCUCUCCUGAAAGCGGAAGCCUGGUAAGGCAGCUGGAGGUCAGGAUCAAAGAGCUGAAAGGGUGGCUGAGAGAUACAGAGCUUUUCAUCUUCAAUUCCUGUCUGAGACAAGAAAAGGAAGGAACAAUGAGUGCUGAGAAACAACUGCAAUACUUUCAGUCGCUCUGUGGGGAAAUCAAGCAGCGGCGGCGUGGAGUGGCCUCCAUCCUGCGGUUAUGCCAGCACCUUCUGGAUGGUGGGGAGGCCUGCAACCUGAGCGCGGACCACCAGCCCAUGCAGCUGAUCAUCGUGAAUCUCGAGAGGAGGUGGGAAGCCAUUGUCAUGCAAGCCGUCCAGUGGCAAACACGGCUACAAAAGAAGAUGGGAACGGAGUCGGAGACUCUGAAUGUGAUUGAUCCUGGCUUGAUGGACCUAACUGGGACCAGCGAGGAUGCCCUGGAAUGGGAUGAAACUGAUAUAAGUAACAAAUUAAUUAGUUUGAAUGAAGACUCAAAUGACCUCAAUCAAGAACCCCAACCUGUCAUGCCUUCCUCAAAACCUGAAGAGACAGGUAGUGAGGACCCUGGCUAUGAAGAAGAGGCAGGUGACCGUGGGGGAUCUCAGUAUGCCUCAAGUAUUACUGCCCCCUCUAGUCCCCACAUUUACCAAGUAUACAGCCUCCACAAUGUGGAACUCUAUGAUGACAACCACAUGCCAUUCCUGAAAAACAAUCCAAUGCUCACCAGCAUGACACAGCCUAGUGUUUUGACUAAGAGUCUUAGUAAAGACUCCUCAUUCUCAUCCACCAAAUCUUUGCCAGAUCUUCUAGGGGGUUCCAAUUUGGUGAAGCCCUUCCCGUGCCAUGGAGGAGACAUGAGCCAGAAUUCAGGCAGUGAGAGUGGAAUAGUCAGUGAAGGAGACACUGACACCACUACCAACUCUGAAAUGUGUUUGCUCAACAUGGUAGAUGGGUCCCCUAGUAACCCUGAACCUGAACAUCUGGAACCACAAAUGGGAGAUGCCAUUAACAUGUUAAAGCAAAAAUUUAAAGAUGAGGAGGAAGCCAUUAAGCUUCCAAAUAGCUCUCAGUCAUCCAUUUUACCAGUGGGUUGUGUAAAUGGAAAAGCUGGAGAUUUAAACAGUGUUACCAAACAUACCCCUGAUUGUUUGGGAGAAGAAUUACAAGGAAAGCAUGAUGUGUUUACAUUUUAUGAUUACUCAUACCUCCAAGGCUCAAAACUCAAAUUACCAGUGAUAAUGAAACAGUCACAAAGCGAAAAGGCAUAUGUAGAGGAUCCCCUGCUCCAUGGCUUUUAUUUUGAUAAAAAGUCCUGCAAAUCUAAACAUCAAGCUACAGAGUUACAACCGGAUGCACCUCCCCAUGAAAGGAUUUUGGCAAGUGCAUCCCAUGAAAUGGAUCACAAUUCAUAUAAAAGUAGUGAUAUGGAGAAGACACUCACUGGCAUGCAGAAUGCCAAGCAGCGCUCCCUUCUAUCUCGUAGUUCAUCUGUUGAGUCCCUUUCUCCAGUGGGUGAUUUAUUUGGACUGGGUAUCUUUAAAAAUGGCAGUGACAGCCUCCAGCGAAGCACUUCUCUAGAAAGUUGGUUGACAUCCUAUAAAAGCAAUGAAGAUCUUUUUAGCUGUCACAGCUCUGGGGACAUAAGCGUGAGCAGUGGCUCAGUUGGAGAACUGAGUAAAAGGACAUUAGAUCUUCUGAAUCGUUUGGAGAAUAUCCAGAGUCCCUCAGAGCAAAAGAUAAAGCGGAGUGUUUCCGAUAUCACUCUCCAAAGCAGUUCCCAAAAGAUGUCUUUUACUGGCCAGCUGUCACUGGACAUAGCAUCUUCCAUCAAUGAAGACUCGCCAGCAUCUCUUACAGAGCUUAGCAGCAGUGAUGAGCUCUCUCUUUGCUCAGAGGAUAUUGUGUUACACAAGAACAAGAUCCCAGAAUCAAAUGCAUCAUUCAGGAAGCGCCUGACUCAUUCAGUGGCUGAUGAAAGCGACGUCAAUGUCAGCAUGAUCGUUAAUGUCUCUUGCACCUCUGCUUGCACUGAUGAUGAAGAUGACAGUGACCUCCUCUCCAGCUCUACCCUCACCUUGACAGAAGAAGAGCUGUGCCUCAAAGAUGAGGAUGAUGACUCCAGUAUUGCAACAGACGAUGAAAUUUAUGAAGAGUGCAACUUGAUGUCAGGGCUGGACUAUAUAAAGAAUGAGCUGCAUACCUGGAUUAGGCCAAAGCUUUCCUUGACUAGAGAUAAGAGAAGGUGUCAUCCCAGUGAAGAAAUAAGGGGCGGUAAGGAUAUAAGUAGUACUGAGAUGACCAAUUCCUCUGAUACCCUCAGCAUUAAGGCCCUUCUAAAUGGCUCCAUAAAACAUCUCUCUGAAAAUAAUGGAAACAGUAAGAAUUUACCCCACACCCAUGAGUUAGGAACACAGGGUGAAAAUAAGAAAAAUAUUUUCAAAGUCACUAAAGAUCCAUAUGUGGCUGAUGUGGAAAAUGGCAAUGUCGAAAGUACUCCAGAGAGACAGAAGGACAAACUUACUGAGAUUUCACAGGAACCGGAGAAUAUUGGUUCAGCCAGGAAGAGGAUUUCAGAGAGGGAGCAUGGUAAGUGCGAAGCAGCUGUGCAUAGCUCAGAUGAUUCAAACGUUGCUGGAAGAGAAUCUGUCUCCCAGACCGUUAGACAUCUUCCAAAGAAAUGUCAAAACCACCACCAUUUUGAAAAUCAAAUGGCUGCCUCUACUCCUGCUGAGAAGUCUUGCCCAGAACUGCCUCCAGAAACUAGAGUCACCAACAGACAGGACUCUGACGCACUGCAGUCUUCAUGUGAUGAUGCACUAAGUCUGGCUGGAAAAUCUGCUGGUUGCUGCCUAGAACUUGAACAAAAUGAAACAGAGGAAAAUGCCUCUGUUGGUGACAACAUUUCCUGUUGUGGCUGUGAGUCAGGUGUUUUCCAUCCGAAAGAUGCCGAAGAUGGUUCAGUACAUGACUUUGUUAAGGAAAUCAUUGGCAUGGCUUCCACUGCCCUAAAAAGUAAAUCUCAACCUGAAACUGAGGCAGCCGCUCCUACUUCAUUAACUCAGAUCAAGGAGAAAGUGUUAGAACAUUCUCACCGGCCCAUCCAGCUGAGAAAAGGGGACUUUUAUUCCUACUUAUCUCUCUCAUCGCAUGACAGUGAUUGUGGGGAGGUCACCAAUUACAUAGAAGAGAAGAGCAACACUCCUUUGCCUCUGGACAUGACUGACUCUGGCCUGGAAGACAGGGAAGACAUUGAGUGCUUCUUUGAGGCCUGUGCUGAGGAUGACCCUGAUGGAGACGAGCCCUGUGCCUCCAGCCCUCCUCCAGAUGAGCCUGCAGGUCACAGGGAGGCUGCAGUGCCAUCACAAGCAGCGGCGGGCUCUCCUAGGUGCAGUGACAUUUCUCUCUCAGCCGACGAUGCAGACCUGGUGGCUCCUGCAUGUCCUCCCCCUCAGAAAGGAUCUGACAUUGGAAAGGAAGUGGAUGGUUUACCUCAAGCUUCCAAUGUCUGUGGAGAAAGCUCACAGUCAGCUACUCCUCCAAGGCUGGGCGGUGAAAAAGAAUGUUCAGAAAACCCAGGCGAGUCUGGGAUGCCAGAGGAACAUAAGGCUGCUUCGGCCAACUCGAGAGUCCCAGGGCUCUCCUCAAAGGCACAGCAGUCCAAAGACAAGGCUGCGUUGCUUCCCAACCCCAAAACUUUAACCUGUGAAGAUCUCCUAAACCUUGAUGAAGAACGACAUAGAAAUAUGCAUAGGUAGAAUGUAACCUUCUCCAAGCAUGAAAAUCAUCUCAUUGAAAGAUAAGCCCGGCUGCAACUCAGGGGUGGCCUCACACUCCCACCCCGGACGGGUCUCCGUUCCAUCCCAUCACUGCCGUCUGUUACACUGACCUCUCCCGAGACGAUGCUUCCUUCCGAGUGCGGUUUGUCCACAUGGCCUUGUGACCCUGACGCGUGCGCUGGCUCUCUGUAGGUGACUCUCCGAAGCUCCGCGAGCUGCUUGUUCUCCCAUGGAUUCCUGUCCCAAGCUACCUCUACCACCCCCUCUCCAGCAAGACUUUGGUUUGCCUUGUCCCCUCCCCAUCUGCUCUUUAAAGCUCUGCAGCUCACCAAUUUGAUGGUCCAUUAAAUUCACCUGUCUGGAAUGAGCCCCUGCCAGUACUUGACCAAGUUCAUGUUUCAAUAGGAAAUUUCUUUGUAAUGGUACGAUGCCUAUGUUUAUUGAAAGAAUUUUACCUAAAGGGGCAACAUUUGAUUUGAUUGCAGCAUAGAGAAGAAACGCUGGCUUUUCUUUCAAAAUUAAGCAAUUGUUAAAAGCUCCAUUUUAUUUAUUUUAUUUUUAAAAUAAUAAUCUAUGCAGCACUUCAAGAAACAACUAAAUAGUGUUGUAUAUUAUAGACUGGUGACGUUCUAUUAAAUUAUGUACAACAUUUUUGCUUUUCUUAAUGCUUCUUGAGGUGGUAAUGAGAAAAAAGUUUUUUAAAAAAGUGUGCCUUGCUGUAUUUCUUAUACCAUUUAUUAGAAAGCUGCUUUCAUGGUAAAAUUAGGUUGUUUUAAAAGGAGGAAAUAGCAAGGUUAAGAUGUGUGAAUAAUUUCUGUACAUAUGUAUAACCAAGUACAAACAUUGAUGUAUAAUGACAGUAUAAAAUGCUUUCAUGUUUGUGAUGUCUAGUGAUGUGGAAAAUAUAAGCCUUAAAUCUAUUAGAUUGCAUGGUAAUUAAAAUUGGCAUAAUAAACAUAGAUUAUUAGGGAAAAAGGAAAAAUUAGUGAUCUCUUCUACCUGUGUUCUUUACCAAAUUAUUGUAUCUGGUUCUGGAACAAAUAUUACAUAUAGCAGCUUCCAAAAUAUCUAUAUUGCAUAAGAGGCUUAAAAUUACUUAAACUAGAAGCUACACAAUGAAGCCAUCACAAUUUUCAAGAUUCUUCUGAUUACUAUAAAGAUCUUGGAACACUAAUGAUUUACUUCCAGUUCCCCUAAACCAGUAAAAAUAUAUCCUAGAUUUUUUUUAUUUCUACUUUUCAUUAAUGGUUUUAAUGUCAGAUUUCAGAAUACUUAGUACAUCUUAUAUUUAUUUUAUAUAAUUUUUGAAUGGGUUUGAUAGAAAGAUAGUAGAAAAGUAUAGAAAAUUUGACUAUUCUUUUUAUUUAAAUUAUAGAUUUCAAGUGUAUUUAUUUUGUGUAAAAGAAGUUAGCUAAAAAUAUUGUUUGGACUUUACUGCUCUUGUGAAAGGAAGUUUCUAGUUUUAUUCUAACACCUACUCAAGUGCCUGACACAGUAGGUAUUCAAUAAAAAUUUGUUGAAUUGAAAUAUUGAAUUAGGUAAUAUGAUGACAUUUAUCUUUUCAUUUUGAGAGAGGUACACUAAAACAUGUAAACUAGAAAAAUAUCUAAUGCAGUUAGAAAAUCACAUGUAAUAUAUGGUUAAUUUACAUCAAAUUUCAAAAAGAAAUAAUGUGUGGAUUCACAUAGUCAAAGAAAUGACAAUCAUUCAUUCAAUUGAGAGUUUGUUAACACUGUUUAUCUGCAAGGCACUAUUCUAGAUGCAGGGGAUGCAAUGCUAACUGAACAAAGGCUCUGCCCUCGGGAGGCUUACCUACAUAUGGAUGAAGUGAGCACGCAAACUAGAUUCAGUAGUGGUCCUGCAGGUGAGGAAAGAGCAAAGUGAUGAAGAGGUACAAAGACGGAAGCAACCAUGGACAAGGAGGAAGAAAAGGGCUAGAAGAGAGCAGAAAGUUAGAUAGUAGAAAAUUAGUGAAGCUUAUUGCAGGGUAGUAGGAGAAAAGGUAAGUUGGGAGACUUUUAAAAAGUUAUGAUGGACCUUUGUAUGUGCUAUGCUAGGCAGUAAGGAAAUUUUGUUGUCUUUGUUUUGAACCUGAUAUUGCUUAUCAUUAAAACUUUAUUAGUAGCACACCAAGAACAUUUAAAAAUAGUAACCUAUAAUUCUAACACUUUAAUAACUACUUGUAUUUUUAUGCCCCUUCUAAUCUUUUCCGUGCAUAUUUCUAAAGUGAUGAAUCAUUCUAGACUUUUGAAUGGAUAGUAAUUCAUUCACAAGGGGUGUUAGGCAGACAUUUAGUUGCCGAGUUCAAGGUGAUUACAGGGGAAGAUAUUGGAGAUAAGUGUCUCAUUAGGAGGUAGCUAUAGAAAAUAAGCUAGUCUUGAGAGGAUAACAGAUCACCGGGAGAGUGGCCUGGGAUGUAGAGAAAAAAGUCCUAGUGUCCGAAAUCCCUAAGAGCAUUCUGGAUUUCCCUUGAGGUGUGCUAUAAUUUUACACACUGAGACAACCUAAAUUUUCCUUGGGUACUAACUAUUGCCAAGUCUGCAUCUCUUAGUAAAACAUUCAAAGAACAAACAGGCCAUGAUGUUUUACUUACCUGUGAUGUGCUCAUUGAAGACAUUGAGGUAUUGAAAAUAUUUAUUUAUUAAUAACCUGCUUAGGGUUAACACUGGAUAUAUAGAAUGACUUUCAGGUUUAUGGUACAAUGCUUUUUCAGGUUGGAAAGGACGGAAUAGCCUCAAUUUCUUGCUCUAUUUAGGUGCUACCUUCUUAGUUACCCUUGAAUGGUCACACCAGCUCUGCCUACACACUUCCAGUGGUUUAUCAUCUGCUAAGGCAAGCGUGUGUCUCUAUUAAGAAGCUAUUUCUUGGGUUGCUAAAAUCUGCAUAGUGACCCCCUACCCACCUUCAAUUUUGUUCACUGGUCUUAAUUCUUUCCUGCUAAGCUGCCCUAGAAUUUCUACCCUUUAUUUUUCAUGGUAACCCUGGAGAUAAUUGAGACCAGUUACUCAUCCUCUCCCAGCUGCUAUGAUUUCUGUUCUAUAAUUCCCUCAACAGCCCUUCAUAUGCCAUGAUUUUCAUCUAUUUCAACCUAAUGUUAACAGACAGAAUCCUUGAAACUGAGGAACUGUCUUCAUCAUCAUACAUGUAGAAAAGUAUCUGAACAUUUUAAGUGGUAAGUUUUCUCUAAAAAUAUAUUGAUAUGUUUAUUCUAUUAUUGUAAAAUAAAAUAAAUAAAUAAAUAAAUAAAUAAAUAAGCAAAUAAAUAAGAAUCCAUUACUUCCUUCAGUGGCCCAGUCAAGUGCCAGAGUUAUCUUGAAUGCUUACCUUACAUCAAGUCCAAACCUAACCUGUUUCCUUAUAAAGCAGGGUCUCCUUUCCAUUUAUUCAUUUAUUCAUUCAGUCAUUCAACAAACAUUCAUUGAGUGGCUACUUGUGUGAGGCACUGUGUUUGGCAUUAGAGAGACAAAGGCUCCUGAAAUGUGGUCGCUGCCUACAAAGGUUUACAGUUUUUCUUGUGAAAGUGCCUUUUAUGUCCUUGAAUAGAGUGAUUUCUCCAAAUUAAAUGAUGGCCCAUUGAUUUUGUUUCCUAUCUAGUUUCUCUACAUUUUAAAAACUCUAGUGAGCAAAAUGGUAUGCAGAGUUAUGUGGCUCUGACUGCUAGAAGUAGUGUUUUUGUAUUUGAAAGUUUGAAUAACAGAAAAAUAUUUCAGGUUUCUGGUCACUUAAUAAAUAUGUCUUAUGCAACAACAGAACAAUCUAAAUUCAGUGCUUUUGAGACGUUAAGUUUGAUGAUUUUGUUGUGUUUGGUUUGUCUAGCUUAGAAGUUUUACCCAUGCUAUAAUUCCAGGAAAUAAAUUAACUGAAAAUUAGAAAACAGA